GGCGGUCGCUGUGUGUCCCCCCCGCCCCCGCCCGCCGCUCCCGUCCCGGCCCUUUCUGGGCCGCCUCCAACUUCCCGGCCGGGGCGCGGCGGCGGCGCAGGGCUGCGGGCGCUGGGCUCCGGCUCCGCUCCCGGCUCCGCUCCCGGCUCCGCUCCCGGCUCCGCUCCGCCCCGCCGCGGCCCCUCGGCGGCGGAUGGCGGCGGGGGCUGCGCGGGGCCGGUGGGCGGCGGGGCCCCCCCGGCGCUCACAGCCGCGGCCCGGCCCGGCGCGGGGAGCGGGCGGGCGGCGCGGCCCGGCCCGGCGGUAGCGGAGCGCGGAGCCGGCGGCCCCCACCAUGGCUGACCCAAGCCACAUCCAGUCGGCCGCCUCCAAGAGCAUCCGUCCCUUCCGCUCCAGUGAGGAGUACCUGGAGGCCAUGAAGGAGGACCUGGCCGAGUGGUUUAACACCCUCUACGACCUGGACAUCCAGGUGGACACCUUCCUGGAGAGCCUGGAGACGGGCUGCCACCUCUGCCGACACGCCAACAACGUCAACCGCAUUGCCCUGGACUUCCAGCAGCGGCACCCCGAGGUGGCCGCCCACAUGCGUGUCCCUCAGAACGAGGUUGUCUUCCAAGCCAAGAAUGUGGUGCCUGGCUCCUUCAUCGCCCGGGAUAACGUCUCUAACUUCAUCCAGUGGUGCCGGCAGGACCUUGGCAUCCAGGACGUCCUCAUGUUUGAGACCAAUGACUUGGUGCUGAAGAAGAACGAGAAGAACUUUGUCCUCUGCUUGUUGGAGGUGGCCAGGAGGGGCUCCAAGUUCGGCAUGCUGGCCCCCAUGCUGAUCCAGAUGGAGGAGGAGAUCGAGGAGGAGAUGAGGGACCAAAUGGCCUAUGGCGUGCUGGGCACGCACCAGGAGAGCCGGGACCCCCAGGUGCCCACCUACCCCAGCAGGGCCCGGCCUAUUGCCCUCUGUGACCUGAAGAACCUGGAUGAGCUGGUGCGGGAGAUCCUGGGAUGCUGCUCCUGCCCCUCCCAGUUCCCCAUGGUCAAGGUCUCCGAGGGUAAAUACAAAGUGGGUGACUCCAGCACACUCAUCUUCGUCCGAGUGCUGAGAAGCCAUGUGAUGGUGCGUGUUGGUGGCGGCUGGGACACACUGGAACAUUACCUGGACAAGCAUGACCCGUGCCGCUGCUCCUCCCUCACUCACCGCCUACCCCAGCCCCGUGCCCCGGGCUUCUCCCCACAAAAAAACGUCACCGGCAGCUUCUCCCCUGUGUCCCGCGCCGCCAGCCCCAGCACCCCCCGCCGCCCCCGUGCAGCUGGCCCCCCCUCAGGCGGGGGGGACAGCAGUCAUGCCAGGACGGAGCGGGUCAGCUACCAGCCGAAGGGUGUCGGGGACACAGGCAUCCCGAAGCAACCAUCCAGCAGCAAGCAGGAGGGAUUGCCCCCACGGGGUGGGCUGGCUCCCCUGCCCGGCCGUUCAAGGAGCCCUGCUGAGCCACGGGCAGCCAGCACGCUCAGGCACCGUGACCCCGCUCCCACCCGCUCCCGCCGCUGCUCAGGCGACAGCGACUCCUCGGCCUCCUCUGCACAGAGCGGCCCCCCAGGCCUGCGGGAUGGGGGUCCCCCCCGCCGCCGAGAGCCCAGCCGGGGGGUCCCGGCCGGCCACCCAGCUCCAGAGGAGCGCGGCCGCUCGUGGGUGUCCAACGGGCCCGGCCGUGCCGCGCCACGUGCCCGCAGCCAUGGCCGCCCUGGCCCCCAGCCCCUGCUGCUCAUCAGCCGGCGGCAGGACGGGCAGCACUCCUGGGCACGGGCAGAGACCCCCCCCCGGGCCAGCAGCCCUGCCUGCAGCCGGACCCCCUCCCGCCCGGCCGCCCGCAGCCCCGCGCCCACCCCGCGCCGCUCCUCCCUGGAGGAAGGUGCCGGGGGGCGGCGGGGCGGGGGUCCCGGGGAGCCCCCCCAUGGCGGCGGGGCCGGGGAGGCCUUGCAGCGGGAGCUGGAGGAGCUGGUGCGGCGGCUGCGGGCCCCGCUGUGGCUGGAGCCCGGCCAGGAGCAGCAGCUCUUCCGCCGGCUGGAGGAGGAAUUCCUGGCCAACACGCGGCUGAUGGAGGAGCUGGGGGACGGGGAGACCCCCCCCGCGCCCCCACAGCCGCCCCCCGGCACGGCCGCCGACUCGGCCUACUGCUCCUCCAGCUCCUCCUCGUCCUCCCUCAAUGUCUUCGGCAAGCACGGGCCGCCCGCCGAGGACGGCCGCCGGAGCGGCAACGGCGUCGGCCCCCUGCCGCCGGUGGCCCCCGAAAUGGCGGGUGCGGGACGCCGGCCGACCCUCUCCAGCUCCUCCGACGAGAGCAGCUGCUUCCCGGCCUCCUGGGACACCCGGGAGACCCGGGGGGGCCCCGAGUCUGACACCGACUGGGCACCGGGGGAGGAUGAGCUGACAGAGACAGAGGAGCCCCCGGCCAUGGUGGACGCCCCCCCACAGGUUCCCGAGCCGUCGCCCACGCCGUCCCUGCGCCCCUGGGCCAAGCCCCGGCUGGACACGCAGCCCCACAAGAAGCCCUCCAGGAUCCCCACCCCACGGGGCUAUGGGGUGGCCCCCCCGCAGCCCCCCCCUGGCAGCCCCAAGCCCUGGGGGGCUCUGCAAAGUGUCCUCUCCUCCUUCCUGGAGCCCGCCUGGGCCCCGCGGGAGCGCGAGGGGCUGGACGAGGAUGCCUGGCCGUGAGGUGCCCAGCUCGGUGGCCACGGGCGGCAGGCAGGAUGGGGAGAAGCCCCCAGCACCCUCCUGGGGUGCGGAGCUGCUGCUGGCGAUGGCACCUGCACAGAGGCCCCGGCGCAGCGAUGGCCGCUGACCCUUCCCACGGUGGCUGGUGGCCAGGUGGCAUGGGGUCCUGCAUGGAGCCCCGGGCCAGGCACAAAGGGACGUGCCCCAGCCCCAUGGGGAGCAGCUCCACAGGAGGUGGCCGUGGUGUGGCCACGGUGGUGGUGGCCAGAGCAGAGAGCUGCGUCCUGGGUGCCUGGGAACAGGGCUGGAGAGCAGCCAGCUCUUUCUGAUCUUUGUCUCUUCUUUUUGCCUCUCCUCAUUCUUCUCCUCUCCUUGGUUUCCUCCUCUUUUCUCCUCUUCUUGGCUGCCUUCUCUUGUUGGCCACCUUUUCCUCUUCUCGGCCUUCUUGGCUUUGUCUUCAUCUUCUCAGCCACCUUCUCUUCUUGGCCUUCUUGUCCUUCUCUUCUUUUCUUGGCCACUUUCUCUAGUCAUCUCCUUACCUUCUCUUCUUUUUCUUCUCUUCCUCCUCUCUCCACAACUGAGAUGACUCGGGGACAUGCAGCUUGAUGUCACAACCUGUAUUUCAGGGCAGGGGGGGGUCACUCUUUUCUCUCCAGCAGCCGGCAGCCCCUGGCCAGCAGCACCACUGUCCGUAGCUUGUGUUGAUGUCCCUAACGUGGGACAGGGCUGUGUGCGAGUCCCCUGCCCAGGCCACUGUGGCCCCCACCCCACCAGUCCCGCAUGUCCCCCCAAGCCAGUAAAGACCAACAGAGCUGAA